ACUCCCCUGUUCACUCACUCUCAUUCUCAUCUUACCUUCUGCCCUCCAAUCAACCAUGGCCGCCUCCACCAUGUCUGUCUGCUCUGAAGCCUGCACUGAGUCCUCCUGGCAGGUAGAGGACUGCCCAGAGAGCUGCUGUGAGCCCUCCUGCUGUGCCCCUACCUGCUGCCAGUCCAGCUGCUGCCAGCCAAGCUGCUGUGUCCCCAGCUGCUGUGCCCCAGCCCCCUGCCUGACCCUUGUCUGCACUCCAGUAAGCUGUGUGUCCAGCCCCUGCUGCCAAUCUUCCUGCUGCACACCCUCAUGCUGCCAGCAGUCUAGCUGCCAGCCAGCUUGCUGCACCUGCUCCCCCUGCCAGCCAUCCUGCUGUGUGACCCUCUGCUGCAAGCCUGUCUGCUGCACACCCAUCUGCUCUGGACCAUGCUGCCAGCAGUCUAGCUGCCAGUCCUCAUGCUGUCAAUCCCCCUGCUGUGUGCCUGUCUGCUGCAAGCCUGUGUGCUGCACACCCAUCUGCUCUGGCUCCUCCUCCUGCUGCCAGCCCUCCUGCUGUGCUCCUGUGUGCUGCAAACCCUGCUCCAGCCUGUCCCUGCUGUGUCGCCCUGUGUGCAGACCUGCCUGCUGUGUGCCCACCUCCUCCUGCUGUGCUUCCUCCUGCCAGCCCAGCUGCUGCCGCCCAAACUCCUCUGUGUCCCUGCUGUGCCACCCUGCUUGCUCCAGACAGGCUUCCUGUGGACAAAAGUCCAGCUGCUGAUGGAUCUACCCCUGGGAAUCCCUCACUUCUCCUCUAGUCCCUGAGCUGCCUCAGGUGCCAGCCCUGCCUUACCUUGAGUCUUCCAUCAAACAACAGAGUAUCCUGUCUUGCUCUCUGCCAUUACCCAGCCUGGUUGAGGUCCUGGUCAUAAGCCUGGGAACCCUAUUCUACUGUCCUGGUUUCAGUGGGCUUCUUGGUGGGGAAACUGCCAGGUAUCCUCUAGCCAGAAGCCUCCUCAGAACUCUAAUAAUAAACACUUUGACCUCAA